GGGGGCGGGGGCAGGUGGGACCUACUCCUCUCCAACCUCGGCAUCUCCGCCAUGCACAUGCAGCUCCUCCACACAGACCGCGUCGUCAUGUUCGACCGCACAAAUUUCGGCUCCUCCAACAUCUCCCUCCCGAACGGCGAAUGCGUCCACGACCCCGACGACCCCCCUUCCCGCCUCGACUGCACCGCCCACUCCGUCGAGUACGACGUCGCCUCCAACUCCGUCCGCCCCCUCACCCUCUCCACCAACAUCUGGUGCUCCUCGGGCGCCGUCCUCCCGGACGGCACCCUAGUCCAGACAGGUGGAAACGGGCGAGGCGACCAUGCCGUCCGCCUCUUCAAACCCUGCACCGGCAAAAACGACGACAACAACAACAGCUCAUGCAACUGGCAAGAAACCACAAAGGCACUCUCUCAGAGAAGGUGGUACGCCACCAGCCAAAUCCUGCCAGACCGCCGCCAGAUCAUAGUUGGCGGCCGCGACAAGUUCAACUACGAGUUCUACCCCAAAAAAACCGCGGGGGAGGGCUCCUACAACCUCCCCUUUCUUUACCAGACCUUCCAGUCUGGUAAAGAAAACAACCUCUACCCCUUUGUCCUCUUAAAUACCGACGGUAACUUAUUCAUUUUCGCCAACAAUCGCGCCAUACUGUUCAACCACACCAACUCCAGGGUCAUCCGCACCUACCCCACCCUACCCGGUGGGGACCCCAGGAACUACCCCAGCACAGGCUCUGCAGUACUGCUCCCACUGAACAGCAGCAGUACUGCAGAGGUCCUGGUCUGCGGGGGCGCCCCCACAGGCUCCUACGAAAGCGCAUACAACAAUCGCGAUUUCGUAGAAGCCCUCAACACGUGCGGGAGGAUCCGGAUCAACGACCCGGACCCGCACUGGGCCAUGGAGACCAUGCCGCUGUCCCGGGUCAUGGGCGACAUGCUGUUGCUCCCGGACGGAAACGUCCUGAUCAUCAACGGUGCCGCCUCUGGCACCGCGGCCUGGGAACUGGGCCGCGGCCCAGUUCUCUCGCCGGUUCUCUACUACCCAGAGAACCAACCCGGUUCGAGGUUCGAGGUCCAGAACCCGACCUCGACCCCCAGAAUGUACCACUCCUCCGCCAUACUACUCCGCGACGGCCGAGUCAUCGUCGGCGGGAGCAAUCCUCACGAGUUCUACAACUUCACCGACGUGCUGUUUCCGACGGAUUUAACUCUCGAGUCGUUUUCACCGCCUUAUCUGGAUCCGCAGCUCGGGUAUCUCCGGCCGCGGAUCCUCUCGCCCGUAUCCGGAUCCUACGCCGGGUACGGGCAGGAUGUCAUGAUCCGGUUCAGCGUCGGGUCGGGUCGGGUGGUGGAGAGUGAAAUCAUGGUGACGAUGAUUGCGCCGGCGUUUGCGACUCAUUCGUUCUCGAUGAAUCAGAGGCUGCUGAUUCUCGACGGUUGGGAUGUGAAGGCGGUCGGGAGAUUCAAGUAUCAAGUUCGGGUCACGAUGCCGGGUUCGGGUAAUUUUGCACCGGGUGGGUAUUACCUUUUGUUUGUGGUUCAUAGAGAUAUUCCGAGUGAGGGAAUUUGGAUCCAUAUUAGUUAA